AUGGUAUUGGAUGAGUUGAAAUCACGUUCUAGUGAUCCAGCACUGUUGGAACGUGCAUUAUUGGAUUGUUAUGGUAGAUUUUUAGUCAAUAUUCCUGAGGAAGAGUAUCACAAUCCUGUUCGUCUCUGUUUUCACAUCCAAGAAGCUUGGUGGUGGUAUAUAGAUCACUGGCUUCAAAAGUAUCCCUGCUUACUCGCUAAUUACUCAUUAAAAUCAUUCAUCAGAUUAGUUUCUAUUGACUGUGAGUUGAUUAGAGCAGUCAUAGGGAAGGUAAAUUUGAAACAAGUUGAAAAUGAUUGGAGGCAGUAUCGAAGCAAGAUUCCAGUAAGGGGCGGGAUAUUAAUUAAUAAAAGAUUGGACAAGGUGUUGUUAGUAAGGGGUUUCGAUAGUUUACAAUGGACAUUUCCCCGUGGAAAAGCAGAUGAACAGGAGGAUGAUACAAAGUGUGCCAUACGCGAAAUCCGUGAGGAAACUGGAAUAGAUGUAUCAAAGCUUAUCGAUCCAAAGUGCUAUUUGGAACUAUUUCUUAACGGUAGAUCUGUAAAACUUUUUAUUGUUUUUAAUGUUAAUGAACUUGUUAAUCACAAACCAUUGUUGGUAAAUGAGAUUAGUGAAUGCCGCUGGGUUAGCAUUAGUUUGCUACGCAAAAAGAAUAACAACAUCAUCAAAACAUUUAAUGUCACUGAAUUUAUUCCUGAUCUCGUGUCUUUUAUAAACAAAUACAGACAAAAGUCGAGAUAUAAACAAACCCACAAUAAUAAUGAAACUAUUGACAAAUGCAGUAAAAGUACUAAAUCGGAUAUUGAUAUGAAUUUAGGCAAGGGCAAAUGGAAGCCUGAAGACAUGUUUCGCAUUAACUGUGAAAAAUUUGGUGUUGUUUCUACUUAUAACAUUGAACAUUAUAAUACAGUAUCUAAAAUUCCUCAGAAGAAGGCUGAUAUCAGGCUUGAUGGUUAUAAACUUAUUCCAUCUAAGCCCAAUAAAGUCGACUUGUUUUAUCCUUGCCAAAAACUUAUGAGGGCGAAUUCAAUUAAAGAAAUGGAGAACAUAAGCCAGAAGGUUAACAAAAUGAAAAUUGAAGAAAAUUGUUGCUACAACAAUAACAACGGGGACCAUUUUAGCGAUGUCUCUAGCGAAAACACUGAUAACAAUGCUAUUGAAAGUCUGAUACAGAAGUCUAUAAAUCUGAAUUUCCAAAAAAUUAAAAAUAAAACGAUUCAAAAUGGUAGCACACCUACAAUAUGUAAGCGUGAUAAAUUUAAAAAUGGAAGCAUGAAGAGUUAUGAUAAUAUAUGUGGAGGAAAUGAAAAUAAAGUAAAAUGUGUGAAUAAUUGGGUCGAAAAUAAAUAUGACGUGGAAGCUAUAAAGCCUUUCCAAUUCAUUAUGCCGUAUCACUCAGUGCUGCAGUCAUUCAUAAGGUACAUUAAGUAG